AUGGUACUGGAAGGAGUGACUGAUGCACCAGAUAGUUGUGUUGCCAUUCAGAGGGACCUGGACAGGGUGGAGAACUGGGCAGAGAGGAAUCUCAUGAAGUUCAGCAAGAGGAAAUGCGAAGUCCUGCAUCGGGGGAGGAGUAACCUCAGGCACCAGUACAUGCUGGGGACCAACUGGCUGGAAAGUAGCUCUGCAGAGGAGGACCUGGGGAUCCUGGUGGACAAUAAGCUGGCCACAAGCCAGUGGUACACCCUUGAGGCAAAAAAGGCGAACAAUAUCCCGGGCUGCAUUAGGAAGAGUGUUGCCAGCAAGUCGAGGGAGGUGAUCCUCUACUCAGAACUGAUUUCACAGAAAUUAAGUAAUGAAGAUCUCUCUCCAGAAAUAAGCCUCUGUCUAGAUGCCCUUCUGGAAGAUAUAAUAAUGGUUCCAAAGGAACAGACACCACAAGAUAUAUUUCCACAUGUUUUAGAAGAUUGCCAGAGAACCCACAUGACCAUUAUUGACACAGAUAACAGAGUAAAAGAACAUUCCCCUAAUAAUGAUACAGAUCUUUCACUGCCAGCCCCAGGGAAGAUUUUCAUGGAAGCAUUCACUGAACAGAGUAUAGAGACUGCUGAAUUUGAAAUCAGUGAUUUGUUGAGAUCCCUCAGCGAUUCUGAGACUCUUAAAAUGAUAAACACUAACUUGCCUGACAAGUUAGAGUGUCAGGGUCAUGCCUUUUCCGUUGAUCCAUCAGCAGAUGAGAGCGGUGAUGCCCUGCCAGUACAGCUUGUGACAGCUCUGAAUGCCUCUGUAGUACAACCUGUCACUCCUGUAGUGCCAAAUGAGAGACAACUUAACACCGAGGGAGAGCAGUUAAAUUCAGAACCCAGUAUUCCCCAGUUAGAUGAUGACUGUACACAAAUAACAAACAUGAUUAAGCCUCAACCUGCUACAAUUCAGGUGGAAGAAAUAAAAGCCUUAACAGGAUCUAACUUGCAGAGGACAACAAAUGAGAAACCUGUUGGUGAUCAGCAGAGGGAGAAAGAAGUAAUUUCAGAUUACUGGGGUGCCACCUCUAGUGAAAACCAAACUGGUGAGGGAAGUUCACAUUCAGUGGAGGCUGCAGCAUGUGCAGAAACAGCCCAAACAACAUCAAGGAAAGCAAUGCAGUUAAGAGAGACCUCCUCAAGAAACUGCAGAGAUCAUGUUUCCAGUCAUCGCCAAAUACUAGAAGAGACUCAGCACAGGAUGUCUGACAGUGGCAGUACAACAAGAAACAAAGAUAAGGAUUUUGAUAAAAUUGAGAAAUCUACUUCUAAAGACAAGCAGGAUCUAGAAACCAACAUAAGCCAAGAAAUAACUCUGAAUGAGGAUAGAAAAGCUAAGCAGAGAAGAAGCAGCAAGAGAAUCGAAAACAAACUGAGACAAAAAGUCUUUGGUAGGAAUUCUGUAAAGCCUGUUCGCACCGUUUCACUUUCAACAAUUAAUAGGAGGAAUAUUUAUGGUGAGACCUUACUGCAUAGAGCUGUUGCUCAUCAAGAUGUAGACCUUGUACGUAACAUAAUAAAGGCCGGUGGAAAUGUAAAUGUUCAGGAUUAUGCUGGCUGGACUGCACUACAUAAAGCAAGUGUGGAAGGCUUUUAUAGGAUAGCAAAUGAGCUUUUGAAAGCAGGAGGUGAUGUUAAUGCUAGAGGAAAUGAACAAAUAACACCAUUGCAAGAUGCAGUUAAAGAAGGCCAUUAUGAGAUGGCAGAGUUAUUACUUUGGUAUGGAGCUGACCCCUUAUUAAAAAAUGAGAUGGGAAGGUGUGCAUUAGAAGAAGCUUCUGACCUGUCUAUGAGGAAACUGCUUAAAAGAUAUGCAGUAAAAUCCAGAAGAGAUUCAGCACCAGGUGGAGAUGAUUCAAAGAAUAUGUUAAAUACUCACAGCGUAGAAGAUACAAAUCUGCACCAGAUUUCCUUACAGACAGAUCAGUCAGAACCACCAUGUGCAAAUCUUAUGGUUUCAGGCAGCAUAGACAUACCGCAGCGGACUAUUGUAAAUGAGGUGCAGAACAUUUAUACUAAUAUAUCUGAAGAUGGAAGCAGCUGCACUGAACAGACACUUCAAGCAAAUGCAGAAACACUGUUAGCACAUGAGCUUUUAGCAGGUACUAUAAGUGUUUCUGGAAGUCCUUAUAAUUCUACCAGUGGUGUACUAAGCACCAUUGAACAAAAGGCUCCACAAGCAGAGAAGGGAGGGAGGAUCCUGCUUAAUGCAGAAGUGAGUGUUGAAGGAUGUCACAUUGAAACUGAAAAUGCUAGUAGUCUAGAGAUGGAGCCUGUAGCUUUACAACUCAAUGAAAAGGACACACUUCAAAUUAGACUAAAGAGAGAGGAUCUUCGGGAGACCAACUCAAAAGCAGAUUUGCAUUUUGAUGAAGGAGUGUUUGCUGGAGUAAGUGGAACAGAAGGUGCUGAAAAAAAAGGAGAAGAAGGAAAUGCAAAGACCAAUGUGCUUUCACAGUUUACUGAAACAGAAGUCCAAACUAAAAGAGUAAGAUUAGACCCUCAGGAAACAAGCCAAAAGGCAGCCUUAUAUCCCAGUAGCAGCAAAAACAAGCUUUUAUCUAAUCAAUCACAACUCAGUCAAGCAUCAGAACAGCAAACAUCCAAGAAAUCAGCCAGGAGAAAGACAAAAAAGGAGAGAAAUGCGAAAGGGGAAACUCAGCUGCAUAUUGCUGCUAGGAGAGGAGAUUUGUCUUUGGUGAAAGCUCUAAUAUCAUCUGGAAUUUGUGUCAAUGAACAGGACUAUGCAGGUUGGACAGCAAUUCAUGAAGCUUCCAAUGGAGGAUUUACUGAAGUGAUCUUAGAAUUACUGAAAGCUGGUGCUAAUGUUAACAGCAGAAGUCUGGAUGGUAUUUUGCCAAUACAUGAUGCUGUUUCUGGCAAUUAUUUGGAGGCAGUCAGGAUUCUACUACAGCAUGGAGCGAAUCCCUGUGAGAGGGAUGGUUCAGGGAAAAGUGCUUUGGAUGAAGCUUGUGAUGAUAAAAUGAAACAACUGCUGAAGUCUUACAGUGCUAUGGACACUCUACUUCCUGUUGAAACUAUUGAAGUUACAGAGAGGAAAUACCCUUCUAGGUCAAGAAGAUCAAAAUGUCAUUGUUACGACUACUGUAAAAAUGAUGAUGCAGCUUUGGAGCCAAAACAUGAGAAAUACAGUGUGGAGUCUGUUGCUGCCGUACAAGAUACAGAAGAGAAGCAAAAAGAACUGUUGCUAUUUGAACUGAGAACUUCCAAAGAUGCAGAUGUGUAUAUCCAAAGGCUGUCUCAGAUACAAGAUUCUUUGAAUGAAAUGCUUGCAAAACAGAAAACGGAAAGGGAUACCCUUGCUAAAAAAUACAGGGCUUCAGUGGAAUCUUUUAAAAAAGGAGCACUGAGGAAACAAUUAGUUAACCUUGCUUCUAGGCAAAAGAGCCUGUUGACUAUUGCCCAAACCCAGGAAGAAUUAGUCCAGAAAAUACAAAAUUACAGAAGAACAAAGCAAGUGUUCAGUGCAUCAUGUUCAGAUAAGCAAAUCUCAAACUUAGUUAUCUCCUGUGGAAAUGAUAAAGGACAAAGUUUAACUGCUGGUGAAGUCAUGUGUCCUGAUGUAGUUACAUUUAGUAUGGGGCUUGGUGCCAGCAUGCCUAAUGGAAACAGAGUAGAAGCACAUCUCUCUUUAGAAAAUAGAUUUUCAGCUCAGGAAUGCAGCCAACAUCCACACAUCUGCUUGGCUGAGACAGGAGAAAAUAAAGAAGCAAUUAGUAGCAAAGAGGCUUCUGAUCAUGCUUUGGCAUCCGAAAACGGGGUAAGAGAAUAUCCUUUCGACAACAUGUCAAAGCUGACAAAUGCUGUAGAAGUGGUGACAUUGCCUUCAGAACUUACUGUUUCCACUGCUAAAACAAAGUGCUCACAGCAAAAAGACAUUCAUUGUGUAGCAAUUGCAGAACAAGGAAACAAGUCUUUAAAUCCCACUUCAGUGACCAGUGCAUUAAAUAUUGUAGAACCCCGAAGCACUGUUGUCAAUAACAAUGUCUGUCAGCCAGGCAGUGACUGCCGGCAGGUUCUUAGAGAUGAGAAUCUCCACAGAUAUGUAAAUAAGAAAGAAGCUUUCCAGCAGCAGCAGCAGCAGCAGCAAGUAAUUUUGUCAACAUCUACAAAGAACUUCCCUAAUACUCUGCAGCAAAUGAUCUUUCGGAGUAGUGAAAACUCAUUUAAUGCCAGCUCGGCGCUUACAAAUCUUACCUCAAAUACAGAUUAUCCAGUAAACCUCAGUGAGAAAUCUUCCCAGAGCUGUAGUAAUCAGGAAUGUGAACAAAAACAAGUGAGGUAUGGAAGAAAAAAUAGGAAAAAGCUUCAACUGAUAGAUCUACUUGAAUUGGGAAGGAUUAAGCCAGGAGAAAAUGUUUUAGAAUUCAAACUGCAGGAAUUUAGUCAUAAAGCCACACUCUUAAACAAUGGCAAGAUCAGAACCAGUAAGAGACAAAUACUUCAGAAUCCAGUUCAGUGGGUUAAAGACCUACUAGGAAGUGAUAUUUCUGUGACGUGGAAGUAUGUGUGGAAUAAGGUUACAUAUCUUGGGACACAGUUGUCAAAAUUUGUUGUUGAAGAAGUGUCAGUUUCUAGUGACCUGGAAUUACCAUCACAAGAAGGAGAGCCUUUGGAAGUUGUGAAAACAUUGCUAUGUGCUGAAAGAGAAGCAGCUGUUACCAGGGAAUUUAAGAGCUCUUCUGUCCAGUUCAACUCAGACGGAAGUCUGACACAUUUUCUUCAAUUCAGUGAGAUAGUAAUGGUAUGUAAAGAGGAGUUUCUACCAUGCCCUGUAAUGGAAAAGCACUGGAGUUUCUACAAAGGAUGUGAAGGUUUUGGAUUCUAA